AUGGCGUCGGCAACCACUGACAAUGUCGCGCUUGACAAGCAGAUUGAGGAGACCAAUGCGCCCAAGCACGAAGACUUGCAUCAAGAUGUCGAGGUUGGUCCUGAGGCAGUUGACAUCGAGAGGAUAGAGGAAGUAUACGUCAAACUUGAUCGUCGAAUUCUCCCCGCCUUCUGGAUCCUCUACUUCAUGUGCUCAGCCAUUCGAUCCAACAUUGGAUUGGCGCAGACCAUGAACACCAAACAAGGCCACGACCUGGCAUCACAGCUUAGCUUGACUCCCAAGCAGGUUUCUACCGGUCUAGCGCUGUUCUAUGUCUGCUACGUUGUCUUCGAUUUGCCUUCGAACCUGAUCAUGUCGAGAGUCAGCCCCCACGCAUGGAUGAGUAGGAUUGUCAUCUCCGUUGCGAUUAUUGGGAUGUGCUUUACUGCGGUGAAAGCUGCAUGGAGCUUCUAUCUUCUCCGUCUACUACUCGGUAUCGUCAUUGCAGGCAUGUGGCCUGGCAUGUCAUACUACUUGACCCUCUUCUACCCUCCAUCACGAACAGGCAAGCGCAUUGGACGCUACUUCACUGCAUCUCAAGUGUCCGCAGCCGUCGUCGGUCUUGUCUCAGCCGGAUUCCAGGAGAUGGAUGGCCUCGGCGGGCUUGUUGGUUUCCAGUGGAUGUUCCUGCUCUACGGUGUCGUUGGGUUCCUAGUUGGCGUCUCACUCCUUUGGUGGUUGCCCGAUCGCCCACUGCCUCCUGGCGAGACUCGGGUCCGGACUGGCUUGGAACGGUUUCUUCCUGCAAGUAAGCCUGCUUUAACUGGCGAAGAUGCGAGGAUUCACUACGAAGAUCUGACCAGAGUCUACAACCGCCGCCAGUGGGAUAUGAAUGACAUCUGGCAUAUCCUCAUCGACUGGAGAUUGUGGCCCUUGGUCAUGAUGUACUUUGGUGUGGUGGGUGUUGGCAUUGGAACGCAGAACUACGCGUCAGUCAUCAUUCGGGGCAUCAACCCAGGCCUAAGUGGCAUCGACUUGAGUCUGCUCACUGCCCCAAUCUGGAUUAUGGAUUUGAUUGCCAUUCUGAUAGUCACGCCACUUUCAGACCGCUUCCACCACCACCGUGCCCUGUUCUUCGGCGCAGCUGUCUUGAUUCAGAUCACCGGCCUGCUAGUCACCACAUUCGCCGGAGGUCUGAAUUCAUGGGCUCGCUAUGGCGGCCUUUUGAUGGUGGGCUUCGGAUUGGGGCCGACAGUGCCCAUCUGUAUGGCCAUGACCAACGAGAUCUUCCAGUCGCGCCACGGCGAGGUGGGCGUGGCAGCGGCUAGCGCACUCGUAUCUGGAUUGGGCAACCUGGGAAGUAUCCUGACCACCUAUGCGCUGUAUACGGGAUGGCCUGCCGAUUCUGUGGGUGUGAACAAGUACCGUAAGAGCAAUCUGGUCAUGAUUGGCAUACUGUGUGUUAGCAUUUUGUCAGCCGCAGUCAUGGUUGUCUUGCUGAGGGUGUUCGGCAACGACAAGGCUAAGCAGAUCAGCGGCGCCAGCUCAACCAGCGAGGGCGAGGCUGUCUACCUGGAUGGUGCUGCACGACGCGAGGUCCAGCAGCGAGGUUUGGGACGGAUGUUCUGCUUCAGAUAA